GCUGGCAGUUAAAAGCUGCGCUGAGGCAGGAACAGUCUGCAUAAGGGGAACUCCGUUGUGCUUAAAGUUGAGCACACAACCAGGGCCGGAGCCUGAACUCUUCAAGCGUCAAAGCGCCCCCCCCCCCCCAAGACAUCCCUGUCCAGGACUUGACGCCGACUUGUAGGCGACUGGAGGGUCUUUCUCACGUGACACCAGCCUGCCUCAUUUGUUGAGGGGGCUGACUGGGAGCAGCCAUGAGUCCUGGACUUCAGGCAACUGAGCAAGACCACCGCAGAGCUGAAGGGAAAGAGAGUCAGCUUGCAAAUGGAAAGGGUGCUGGGAAAAUGGGCAUCAGUGUUGAUCUGGAAGACGAAUCUGCUAAGCUGGUUCUAACUGUAGGGGCAAUCACACUUGGAGAAAAGAAUAGAAAGGAAAUGAACAGUCUGCUCAGAAAAAGGGAGAAUGAGUGCAUCUCUCAAGCUGUGUGUGCUCUCCUGAAUUCUGGAGGCGGGGCCAUCAAGGUUCAACUUGAAAACCCCAAUUACAGCCUCACUCGGGAUGGGCUGGGCUGGGAUUUGGAGGCCUCUCUCUGUAAAGAUUUGCCAUUUGUUCAGUGGCACCUAGACUUCAGGGUGUGUGCAGGCUACUUUUACAUCUCCGUGAAAGCAUGGAGUCUGGAUGUCUAUGGGCUGCCGAUUGCCACCCUGAGAACCAAUUUGUAUCUAAGAAGCAUGUCAUCCUCGGUAGAAGUGAGUGCUGCUGAUGCUCUGGAGUUCCUCCAAGGCCUGCAGGACACUGGAGGGAGACCCCGUGUCAGACCCCAGCUGCCUGCAAGGAGAGCCUGCCCUGGAGUAGAGGAAGAGGCUCUCCUGGAGGACUUGGCUGUUGCCUUUUUCAACCAGACAGAAUUUCAGCAUGAAGAAAUUUUCCAGUUCACCAGAUCUGCCUAUGUUGAAAUUAUGCUGUUUUCAGUGAAAGGACUGCAAAAACGCAUUAAAGAAUUUCUCCCUCCAGUUGUCUCUGCUUUUGCAAACACGAAAGGGGGAUAUUUGUUCAUUGGUUUGGAUGGGAAGAAACAGCAAAUAAUUGGUUUUGAAGCAGAGAAGAGUGAUCUUAUGCAUCUAGAGAGUGAAAUAGAAAAGUGCGUCCGACAGCUGCCUGUCACUCACUUCUGUGAGGAGAAGGAGAACAUAAAGUACACGUGCAGAUUCAUCGAAGUGCACAGACCAGGAGCUGCAUGUUCGUAUGUCUGUGCGCUGAGAGUGGAGAGAUUCUGCUGUGCAGUGUUCGCUGCAGAGCCCGAGUCCUGGCAUGUGGAAGACGGCUGCGUGAAGAAGUUUACUGCCGAGGAGUGGGUCAAGCUCCAGAUGGAUGCCAUAGUAGGUUGAGGAAGGGGUAUUUAGCAAUCAGUUUAAAUUUGGACAGAAACCUGCAGGACUUCCUGACUCCCCAGAUCAAAGCAGAUUGUUUGGAGAGACUCCAGCCACACAUGCUCAGCAGAAAGGAGGGUGGAAAAGAGACCCCAGCACCCUAGAGUGAAAACCCACCCUGUCACUGCAGAGCCUUCCAAGCACAUCUGUCCUUGCACGAGGCGCAGGUGGACACACUGGCCCUGUCUUUCCUCUAACUGUGGAAAAGAAACACAGUUCUGGUUGCUGGCAGUGUCUGACCAUGCCUCCCAACACAUCUUUGCUUCUGUCAGUGUCCACGUGAUACACUGGUAGGACUUUUCUUGGGAAGAUGUGAACAAACUCCUUUUCAUCCCAGAGAGGCUCUGAACACAAACCAAGAUAGAACUGUUGUGGGAUGUGGGACUGAUUCACAUGGUCCACAGCAGCAGAAUAUUUGCCUCAUGCAUGUGGGCCCUGAGAGGAGCUCUUUGCCAGCUAUGGGAGCCAUCUUGGCCAUCGCAGACAGCUUGAUUCCACUUUUUGCUGCUUAAGCUUCGUUUUCCAUGAAGGGAAAAUACUCAUGAGAAAUCAGCUAUUCUUCUCCCAAUGUCAAAUGUUACUAUUACCCUGGUAAAAUUGUACUCUCUAUUCAUUAAACUUUGACCCCUUGAUCAUGAAA